AUGCCAGCUCAAGCUCCGGUUAUGUCAAAGCGAAUAGGUGAUUACCAAUACGAAAGAUACGACCUCUCGGGUGGCGACUCCUCACCAAGAAGAAAGGAAGGUCCAGCCCUUCAACAGCAGGGAGGAGAAAAGAGGGAUACUAAGCCCAGUCAAAACAGGCGUCGUCCUCAAGCGGGUCAAGGUUCGGACACCGAUUCUGGAAUCUAUCAUGUAAGAAGCCAUACACUCCUUCAAAGGCGUCAACCACCGCCGAGGUACAACCGACCUGCACGUGAUACCUACUUCGACAAGGUGCUCAACAAUUCAGAGGCCUCCUCGGAAGAGGGUAGUGAAAAUGAAAGUUCAUAUAUCUGUGACGACUGCAAAAUGGACUCAGUUGGCCAAUGGAAGCAGCCAAGAUGGCCCAAGCAGGAACGAAACAAUGACUACGAGUACUUAGCGGGACGGCCACGAAUGUGGCGUCAUGAUGAGUCUGUCUCGGAGGAUGGAGCUGCUCCUCCUCCUCCUGCAAGAAGAGCCGUGCCAAAACCUCUGGAGAAACCAAGAAGACAGAGUGGUCCUCCAAGGAGUCGUGCGCCAAGGCCACAAAAGCCCGAUCGUCUAGACCGACCACAAAAUAAUAAACCUAGGAAGCCAAAGGCAGGAACCCCAAGGGAAAACAUUGGCAACGUUAACAGACGAGAGCCCCCACACAACCGGCGGGAACAUGAAUACUCCGACCUGCAAGGCGACGAAGACGAUUAUAACAGUGAACCCUCAGCUGAGGUGCCACCACGACGAAGAUCAGCGCACUCCGAGGGUCCACCGCGGCGUAGCAAACAACAGGUUGUUGAACGCAAAACAACAACUCGUCCGUCAAGACAGAACAAUGAAGACGACGUUAAAAUAAGACGAAAGCCAAUUACUGAUGACUUUUCAUCGGAGUCAUGGUCUGAACCAUCAGAACACUCAGAGAACUCUGAAGAAACCUAUGAGCACGUAGAGCGCACACGUCGCCCCUCACGCAGACCGCCUAGAAAGGUUUAUACACAAUAUCAAGUGCUUCCACUCGCGUAUAUUGUAGAACACUUCCAGUAUGAAGAUGAUGAGCCACAGAGGCAUCAGUACCGACCACAUCGCCCGCAGAAGGGCAAACCGCAGGGUCCCCCUCCAGGGGCUACGGGAAGACGUAUGGUCAACAACAACGACCCCAAAAUUCGCUCUACUGGUGCACGAACUUCGAAUAGCGAGCUAAAGGCACAUGAGCACUUCAUCGGUGCUUGA